CUGUCUCGUUUCGUCCCUGGAUGCUGUCAUUUGUCGGCGCCUCCCGCAGCGAAGCCUUCCUGUCUUGCCUUUAUUUUAUUUUUAUCGGCCUGGAAAGCAUCUCUCCCGCCGAGACCAGCCUCUCAUCCCCCGGCCGUGACGGUGGCCCCUCGCUGGGGAGGGAGGUGGAAGAGCCCGCAGGCAAGGCGAGGCGGUCCUUCCCUGGGUCCACUUUUACGUGGACUGCACACACGUGGAUCUCAUUUAAGGAGACUGCUGGGCACUGAAAUGUCUGAAAAGGACUGGAAAUGCAGCUCCACGUCUGUCUGUUGCUCCUGGUCGUCACAGCAGAUACAAGGUUGGCCUCAGGGCAGCAUCAAUGCGGUGGAAACAUCAUCUUGGACCAAAGCCCUGAAGGCCACGUCAAGUUCACCGCACCAGAACUUUCCCUCAACGUCUCGCUGACCCAGCAGACUGACAGAACCCCACAGGCGGCCUUUUGCAGGGUGACUCUGGAUGUCCCGCCCGGUCGGAUGCUUCUCUUAAAGCCCGUGUGGACAGAAGUCGGGGCGAGUGUUUGGCUACGGUGCAUGUGGAGAGAGGACGCUCGGGUUCUGGCGAGUGGCAAAACCGUCCAACUUUCCAACUGUGACCACGCCAACCUGACCUGGACAGGAAGUGGACGCUCCUCAGAGGCCCUCCAACUCUUCUAUUACGUUCAGGAAGAGCAGUGGAAUUCCACAGAGGCGUACUCCAGCCCGCAUUCCGAACCAGACCUCGCCGUUCCGUCUCAGGCGGGGUACGGCGACGCGAGAACCACUUCUGACGCGGCGGGCGUGAAGGAGAAGGUCAGAGGUCCCCUCUAUGGAGGGUCUGGUCCCAGCAGCGAUAGCGGAAGGAGGCUGCUGGGGUCCACCGCGCCCAUGACGGGCCUCGCCGUGGCUGGUGGCGCUGAUAGGGAAACUCUCCCUCUUCCUGAGGAAGUCACAGACAAUGGAGAGGAAACAUCUGGCAGCGCUCACACACUCAGUCCUGACGUGCCGGUUCUGACCCAAAACACUGAAACAAGUCCAUCUGAAAGCAGCUCCGGGUAUGGAACCUACCACCAGUCCACGUUCGCACCUGUCACAUCAUCCCUCACCAGCAGGGGGAGCAGAAUCGCAUUAUUAACAUCACUCGCUGAUGACUCAAGCAUAGGGAAUGCUGAUGGUGACCCCGCCUCCUCCGUGGGGUCAACGCCGCCCACUUCCACGGGUACACAAUUGCCCAAUACCCACGUGACAGAACUGCACUCGCUUGUCCCGUUGUCUCAGCAGAACUUCACCCAGACUGACUCAUCCCGUGUCCACAGUGGGACAGACCCGUCUUUCACAUCUGACCCGGUUUCACGCUCCACACUGACCCAAAUGCCCCAAAAUACACACACAGCAACAACAACAACACAAAGAAACAUUUACACACACUCCCCAGACGCCACGCAGUGGAUGUCGGGUUCUACUUGGACCACUAGAGAGAGCAUGACAGCUUCCGGAGACGGUCGGACUCUGGCAGGAUCAGAACGUGUUCCCCAGGAGAGGACUGGGACAGCACUCCAAACGAGCACGGACCGCGGCACUACGGCCUUAACACAUCAGAACCAGCCGUCAGUGUCCUCUUCCAUCCUGGACUACACCACCAGAACACCCACUGCAGGUCCCCCCGACAAGGACUCUCCAAUCGAGCCCCAGGUCACAGCAGAAGACGAAAACGUGUCUCCGAGUAGCACAACCUCACAAACACGUCCGAGCCUGGAGAUCCGGUCUGCUUCUACACCAAGAACGUUGAGCCCCGCCACCAUCCAGCCGCCCAAGGUCUACGUGGUGCCGGACCAGUCCCCCGCCAUCCGAGUGGAGUCCAUCGAGUUACUGCUGCAGAUCAUCGUGGAGGAGACCAGCUCAGCUUCGGGUCCUGGCUUGGAGGAGGACACCAGUGCCUGGGUAGAGCCCUACCUGCAGAGGGCACCUGGCUUCAGCAGGCUGCAGGGAGUGUGGAGCAGCGGUCACGCCGUGCAAACCCUGCUGGAGUUCAACACCAGAGGCGCCCUGCAGUGGCUCGCCGCAACGGGACGCUCUUCGCUACUGGAGCAGAGCGGAUUGGCUGCGGCCGCUCGCGAGGGGAGGAGCUUCAGGGGGUCCAAGGUGGUCAACAUCACGCUCGGAGGUGUGCAGGCGGACGUCUGUGAUUGGCUACUUCAGUGUCCAGCGGGCUUUCGGUGUGCGUCUCCGCCCACUUCCUCCAACUUCAGCUGCCCCUCCUCCUGCCACUUUGACUUCUGCCACCAUCACGGCAUCUGCACGCACCACCCGGGACAACUUCCUGUGUGUCGGUACGAGCGCAGCUGCCUGGUCGGCGAGGACUUCUGGUUCAUGGGCUCCAGGUGCGACGUGAGGAUGACGCGGGCGCGCCUCGUCGGAACGUGUCUGGCCAUCCUGCUGGUGGCGGUGGCGUUCAUCUGCGCUCUGGCCUUCGCGGCCGUGAGACGCUACCGAGUCGCUCUGAUCCAGGCCAAGGUGGACCAGACCAGGAGCAGCUACCGCAGGUUCAACCACUUUGACGAGCUCUCAGCUCGAUUCUGGCAGCGCUCCACGGCGGGCUCGGCCGACUCCAUGGACAACCCUGCGUUCACGCGCUCCGACGAGCUGCUGCACCUGCGGGCCCUGGACCGGCCCUGCUGUUACCAUGACGACACGCUGUCGCUGGCCUCCACCUGCACCAGCCACGCCACGCGCCUCAACACCAUCUACCCCAACAGCUCCCAGUACGCUUGGCGCGGCAGCGAGAUGAGCGUGGGCGACGGCGUGCUGGACUCAGGGAAGGCCAGCGACCUGUCGGUGUGCAGCUGGCCCGUGGAGCCCAUCCACUGGACCCCCUUCCCGCUCCUGCGGCAGCUGGCCUCGCAAAGGACGCACCCGCAGGUGCGCGUGUCCAGGCCGCGCUCGUACUGCGAGGGCAUGGAGCUGACGGACCUGAGCCGGAGCUGGACCGCCUGAUCAAAGGUUCUUGCUGUGUACAUCAAGGCUGUAACUUUGUCGUACAAUAAAUGUCACAUGUGUCUGCUGUA